AUGAUGGGCAAGGCUGUAGCUGCUGUCCUGACUCUGCUCCUGAUCUCAGCGGUGGGAACACAAGGUAAGGCCCUGGCACGGUCAGCCAUUGAACUCCGGUGCCAGUGCAUAGGCACCCAUUCCAGGUUCAUCCAUCCCAAGUUCAUCCAAAACGUGAACCUCAGCCCCAGCGGACCGCACUGCAAGAAUGUUGAAGUUAUAGCUACCCUGAAAGACGGCAGAGAAUUGUGCCUGGAGCCCACUGCUCCCUGGGUGAAGCUGAUCAUCAAGGCAAUUCUAGACAAGGCAAACCCCAAACCUGAGACAGUGUCCUAA